CCAGGUGCAGAGAAAGUGACUCUGGGGGGACGGAGGGCAGGGACGAUGGGGCUGGGGGGUCUCCUCGUCCCCCUCCUCUUCCUCGGGGUGGCCGGUUCCCGGCUGCAGAUAUUCACAGAUCCCUCCUCCCGGGCCCUGCUGGGCUCUGGGGCGCUGCUGAAAUGUCGGUUCGAAGUCGGGGGGCCGGUCGAUCUGAGCUCCCUGCGGGUUCAGUGGUAUCUGUUUGAGGAGAGGAUCGCGCAGUACGACCAGGGCAGGGGAGAAUCCCAGGUCAGAGCGAGCGUGUUGGAGCAGGAGUUGAAGACGGGGGAUGCCUCCCUUUUGCUCUCCAGUGUGACGGUGUCGGAUGAGGGGCCAUAUAAAUGCAUCGUUGGUUACGGUACGGAGCAGCUGCAGGGAGAGACGACCCUCCGUGUGCUCGCUGCUCCCAGACUCUCCAUCCCCCAGCGAUCGGCCGUGACAGACACAGUGACCUCCUUCCCCUGCCACGUGUGGGGAUUCUACCCCGGGGACGUCACCGUCACGUGGCUGAGAGACGGGCGGGUUCUGACCGACGCCACUCGCUCUGCCCCCCAGAGGAACCCGGACGGGACCUUUAACCUCACCCUGACCUACACCUUCACUCCCAGCGCGAGCGACUCCGGCAGCAUCUUCUCCUGCCGCGUCACCCACGCGGCUCUGGCCCAGCCCCUGCGGGAGGAGUUCCCCCUGGAUGUCACAGGUGAGGGGGUGCUGGGCUCCCAGUUGGAUGUUAUGGGCUGCAGGGGGCACUCAGUUGAGUCUGACACGGGACCCCAGCAGAGACCCAUGCUGGUACAUUAG